GAAGAAAAUCUCAUUAUGGCACCAUCGGGAAGAAAGCAUGGAGGAAAAGCUGGUAAACCAGCACAGGAAGAUCAAGCCAUACCUGCCUAUGACUUUCAGGAGGAAAGAAAAGAGCUGAGUGGAUCAGAGGAAGAUAUUAGAGAAGGCGAAACACCGGUAAUGGACAAGCAUGGAAAGAAGAGAGCUUUGGUGACUACUCAUGUCGUUCCAGAUGAUGUGGGGGGUGAAGUACAGAAUAUGCUGGAAAGAUUUGGAGCUGACAUUAACAAGGCUUUGUUAGCUAAGAGGAAAAGAUUAGAAAUGUAUACGAAAGCCUCACUCAAAACCAGUAACCAGAAGAUUGAACAUGUUUGGAAAACACAGCAGGAGCAAAGGCAGAAGCUCAAUCAUGAGUUCUCCCAGCAGUUCCUGACUUUAUUUCAGCAAUGGGAUGUAGAUGUGCAGAAAGCAGAGGAGCAGGAAGAAAAACUAGCGAAUAUGUUUCGUCAGCAACAAAAAGUUUUUCAACAGGCAAGAGUAGUUCAGAGUCAGAGACUGAAAACCAUUAAGCAACUCUAUGAGCAAUUUUUAAAGAGCAUGGAAGAGCUGGAAAAGAGCAAUGAAAAUCUUCUAGCUGGUGCACAAAGUGAACUUCGCAAAGAAAUGGCAAUGUUGCAGAAGAAGAUUAUGAUGGACACCCAACAGCAGGAGAUGGCAACUGUUCGCAAGUCUCUUCAGUCCAUGUUAUUCUGAUGGCUCAAUGGAGAAACAACUUGUACCUAAGUGACACGAUACAAGUAUAGGCAUUAGCCAUAGAGAAGUAUGUUAAGAUUUAAAUGUUUUAAAGUUCCUAUUAAGCAUUUUCAUGGAUUGUUCUAAUCUUGUGUCUGAUAAUGUUGU